AUGUGCAACAUUUAUGGUCCCCAAAUUGCUGCACCUGCCGGUGACGGGAGCGCGUUUGUGGAUGUGAAGAAAAAACAAGAAAGCGACGAGCGACGACGAUGCGUAGAAACCAAUACAUCGUUCGCGUCAGGAAAACAUCAAAGAGGAAAUAUCAAAUGCCGCCAAACUAAUAUUGGUUCAAAAAAUCCAAGCUGCAAAGUAAAUAGAAUAAACGAAUCUAUCUAUCUAUCUAUCUAUCUAUCUAUCUAUCUAUCUAUCUAUCUCAGACGCUUCAUUAUCUAUCUAUCUAUCUAUCUAUCUAUCUAUCUAUCUAUCUAUCUAUCUAUCUAUUUCAGACGCUUCAGUAUCUAUCUAUCUAUCUAUCUAUUUAUCUAUCUAUCUAUCUAUCUAUCUAUCUAUCUAUCUAUCUAUCUGUUUUUAUAUAUCUCCAUAAAUCUAUCUAUCUAUGGACUUUUUUUUGUCUUACCGAGUUUACCGCGAGCUGUACAAGACAUUUUCAUUGUAUAUUCUUCGGAAAUCUAUCUAUCUAUCUAUCUAUCUAUCUAUCUAUCUAUCUUAUUGUUCAUUGUCUAUCUGUGUAUGAAGGGGUUCCCAGUACUCUCUCUCUCUCUCUCUCUCUCUCUCACUGGCCUCUGUAUCUCCAGUUGCGUUGAUCUAUCCACUACUCUUCUCCUCAUCCUUUCUUCUAUCACUCCUAUCUGA